AUGAAUUGGGCCAAUUAUGCUAGUCUGAGCUAGUCUCCUAUUCUACUUCAAUAUAAUGUAAACAGAUCAACUCAGAUUUGAAUUUCAAAUUUUCCGAUGACCUGGCAGGCCAGCCUGGUGGCAGCUCUGGUCUGAAUUAAAAUUAUCUCAGAAAGAAGUUUCUAGUUAUGAAUAAAAUCUGUUUGAGACUUGAAGCUUUCAAAAAAUGCAUGUUAUAUACACACUCCAUGAAAAAGAGUUUAUAUCUUGAAAGUGUCAUAUCUCGAAUAGACUUUGAAAAUACGUAUAAAUUUUCUGAAAACUUCGAGCCUCUAGAAAAAAAAAUCGAUAACUUAGUCAAAUCUCAAUAGAAACGUAAACCCUUUUAGAGUUUUCAUUACAAUACUAUUUAGUAUCUGUAGGCAAAAACAAAAUCGUUGAAAUCGAAAGAAGACAUUUGAUUUUUUCAGUUUCAUUUCUUUAUUCAAUUAUAUUCUACAUUGCCAAUUUUCUAUUCAUAUGUCAUAACUUUCGCACCAAAUUCUAAAAAAUAUCUUUUCUCUUUCAGAUGAAUAUCAAUCCAAUAAAUUCUUCCGAUACUGUUCAUAUAGUAAAAUCUGAAUCUGGUCGUGAUAACAACAGCCGUUAUAAGAGUAACUACUUACGUGAUCUUAUUAAACAAAAAAAAGAAUAUGAACAAGAAAUAGCUCGAUUAAAAAAGGCACAUAACGAACAAAUAAGUAAACUUUGUACUGAAUUAGAAAAAUCAUCAUCAUUAUCAUAUCAAUAUAAAUUAGAACUUGAUUCAAUGCGUACAUCAAUUAAUAUAAAAGAAAAACAAAUGAAAAAUAAAAAUAAUGAAUCGUCUUCUAUUCAAGACUUAAAAAGGAAAAAUGUUGAAUUAAGUGCUGAAAAUACAAAAUUAAAAACUGAAUUAUCAAUAUUAACAACUAAAUAUCAAAAACUAUCAAAUGACAUGCAAGAUGCUCAACAAUAUGUACUCAAAAUGAUCGCACGUUUAGAUUAA